AUGAAGUAUCAACAAACAAUCAUUAUCCAUCUUAAUAUCAUCCAAGCAUCUAUCUGGGGAGGGCUUGCUCGGAAAGGGCUCGGGAUUCUCACAGACUAUGAUGGUGCAAUCCCUUAUAAUGCGCUUUGGGCCAAUUUUGCUGCGUGUUUAGUACUAGGAACUGUUUCCAAAGUCAAGAAGACUCCGUUCAUCAUAGGAGUUUCCACUGGAUUCUGCGGAACCCUCUCGUCAUUUUCGGCCCUUGUACUAGAGUUGUUCUACAGCUCUGCCAAUGUGUCCGUGGGUAUCAGAUACGAUCUCCCGACCAAAGGAUAUGGAGUACUACAGUUUUUGUCAGUUCUUCUAGUGGAAAUGGGGGUAUCAAUUCUAGGAUAUCACUUCGGGUUGCACUUGUCCCCAAUGUACCCGUUAAAUGAACAGCACCACGAGCCACUAUCGUACAUAGGAGCAGUUUUAGGAGCAGCAAUGCCAGUUAUCACGGUGGUGUUACUCGCUAUCAACCCGUUAUAUGACUCAUGGAGAGCAUGGGUGUUUUUGAUUUUAUUUUCCCCCAUGGGGGCACUCUUGAGAUUCCAUCUAGGAAAACUCAACCGUCCCAAGUUUCCAUAUGGUACAUUUACUGCCAACGUGACGGGAUCAAUACUAAUUGCAGUCUUUGCUCUCCUCACAAGAGCUCGCGUUUCCAAGUCUGACCACUCCGGAUUAAUAACCAGUUAUAUAGGAUGUCAAGCCCUUUCAGGCCUACAAGAUGGAUUAUGUGGAGCCCUUACAACCAUUAGUACAUUCGUUAGUGAGUUGUUCUCACUUGGACCAAAAGAAUCAUAUCUUUAUUCAAGUGUUUCAAUAACAGUCAGUUUCGUGCUCCUCCUUCUCAUUUUAGGGCCAUAUACUUGGACAGUGGGUUUAAGCGAUCCAAUUUGUGGUUACAGCUAG